AUGAACAUCAGUGACUAUGCAGGAUCAGCCGAAUGGACUGCCUUGCAGGGCAGCAGUGUUGGCGCAGUGUUGGCGCAUUGCUACCACGCCAACGUGGGCAAAUUGGACCGUGGCCUGAUCCUUGUGUUCCAUGAAGUCAUCGAUAUCAACAAGCUGGCUCCGAUCUCUCGAAUGGGAGAUUGA